CCCAAAGUCCUUCCCCUCUCUUUUUCUUCUCCCUUUGGAUAUAAGACUAGUAGUUUACGUUUUAGAAGAUAUUAGGUGCUUCCCAUUGUUUUUAUUUUUGUUGCUGGUGUUGAUAAUCAUGAAGGUAAGGUUUUGAAAAAUGGGGAAGAGAAAAGAGAAAAUAGCUUCAAGAUCUCAAACACUACCCCCAUCUCCUUCACACUCUUUCUCUUCAUCCUCCUCCUCCUCCGACUUUGAGUUCACAAUCUCUCUUUCCCCACGGGCCAACUCCUCUUCCACCCUUCGUCCAGCUGACGAACUCUUCUACAAAGGCCAGCUCUUGCCUCUCCACCUCUCUCCUCGUCUCUCCAUGGUCCGUACCCUCCUUUUAGCCUCCUCCAGCACUUCCUCCGCCUCCGAAACAUCCUCCGCCACAGCCUCUCGUGACUCCACUGGCAGUUCGAACGACUCGCACUCAUCUUUCACUAGUGAUCUUGUUUUGCUUGUUGAUUGUGACUCCUCCAGGCCCAGCUCUGCCACCGAAGACGAUGAGUUUAAAAGGCUUAACAAUGGGAAUCAACUGUUUUCAAGUCAUCAGGGCCAGUUGAAUUACUACCAGAUAAAGAAAAGCAAGUAUUUUUCUUUGUCUAGGUUCUCUUCUGUGUUCAAGAAGGAAAAUAACAAGAACCAGGACCAGGAAAACAUGGCAGCAGCUUCUUCAUCAGUUAAAAAAAUUAGCACAACUGCAAAAGAAGUUAUAAGGAAAUAUUUGAAGAAAGUGAAGCCAUUGUAUGAAAAACUAUCCCAAAAGCAACAACAUAAAGUGGGAGGAAUCGGCGUAGUUUCAGCUUUGUCAUCAACAAAGUCAGGUCCAGCUUCAUUCUCCAUCAAGCCAGAGAGAUCUGUCAAAGACAUAGAGAAGAUAAAUGCAAGGAAAGAAAGCAGCAAUAGUGGAUUUUCUCACUCUUUCUCGGGAAACUUAAGGUACCGAAGAAGGAGAAGCUGCGUUUCAAGUUGUCCUUCAUCGAUGCGGUCCUCACCAAGCCACUCUGGGGUGCUUUCCCGCAACGGCUUUCCAACCAUGGGCACGAAUACUGGUCGGGUCGGUAGUGCUGGUUCUGGCAUGCACUAUUCUGAUACAUCGUCAAUGGAAGAACUGCAGAGUGCAAUUCAAGGUGCUAUUGCUCAUUGCAAAAAUUCAUUGCUUCAAAACAAAACCACUGCAGUAAAUAACGAAGUUUAACGAAAAAAAUCUCGUGACAUGAGUGCUAACUAGGUCUUCUUUUUUUUUUUUUUUUUAAUUUAACUUUGUGGAUUUGUCUCUUUGUUUUGUUUCAAGAUCUAUAGCAUCAAAAAAGAAAAUGAACGAGACAGUGAGAUUGUUUUUGAUGAAAGAGGUGAACGUGAAAUUAUUGUUUGACUUUACUUUGGUAGCAUCUAUUUGGAUUUGCCAUUAACUUGGCACGAAAUUUUAGGUAGCAUCUGAGAAUUUUAAUUAUGUUUUUUAAAAUAAUUUUGGUUUGAUAACAACGAGUUAUUAUGUUACUUGUUAACGUUUACACUCCAAUUUGUCUGUUUCUCUGAU